AUGGAUACUUUCGGAUUACGUGUUAAACCAUGGAUACAAGACAUUGAUGGUCUGUAUCAUCCACUAGUGUUCGAUUUCGAACGUUCAUUUGGAAAUAAAACUUUCGCAAAUUCCAUUGGUGAUUGGAUGAAUCAAUGGUGGUCGUCGAGCAUAGUGCUUGCAAUUGUUUAUAUUGCUUUGGUCUUCUACGGACAAGAAUGGAUGAAAACAAGAGAACGUUUCGAAUUACGCCGACCACUUAUUCUCUGGAAUGCCUUCUUAGCAUUGUUUAGUGCUUUCGGAAUGAUUCGAUGUGUUCCGGAAAUGUUGUACAAUUUGAACAAGGAAGGUCUAGAAUAUACGAUCUGCAAUCGAGAUAAUAUCUAUGGAAUCACAGGAUUCUGGAUUACAGUCUUUUGCUGGUCAAAAUUGCCUGAACUAAUCGAUACACUAUUCAUUGUUCUUCGUAAACAGAAACUUAUCUUUCUUCAUUGGUUUCAUCAUGCAACAGUGAUGAUCUAUGCUUGGUACAGCUAUCACAAUUGGACCGCAAGUGGUCGUUGGUUUGUAUUCAUGAAUUAUACAGUACACGCCAUGAUGUAUUCGUAUUACGCAUUUCGUGCAAUGAAAUACCGCAUACCAAAAUGGAUGCAGAUCAGUAUAACUAUUUGUCAACUCUUACAAAUGGCUGUUGGUUGUUUUGUAAAUUACCAAGCUUACACAUACAAACAACAAGGUCACGCAUGUGAUGUAACCUACUCUAACAUCGGCUGGUCAUUUGCAAUGUAUGCAGUCUAUUUCGGACUGUUUCUUCACUUCUUCUGUCUGGCGUACUUUCCCAAGAAGAAAGCAACUGGUAAAGUCGAGAAUAGAACUAUUGGAGAACAGAAAACUGUUCACAAAGAAUCAACGGUUGACUUUCUUGGUCAGAUUAUCCCAAUUGGUCUGUUGAUGGUUUCGUUAGUGUACAACAUCCUGUAUCCAGUAUCAUCCAUUCUGAAAUAUAUGAGUUGGUUUAUUUAUACGGUCAUUUUAGUUCUUUAUGUCAGAUCACGAGCAAACUCAAAGGAAAACUCGUCAUCGUCACCUUUCAGCUUUUUAUUAAGUAAAAAAUCUCAAUAA